UCUGGGUGUACCACAGGCUGUUACAGGGAUACUUCUAAGACUGAGCACAGUGUCAGUCAAAGAAAUGUCCGAGACUCUGAGCAGCAGUUCAGCUAAGAGGGGAGUGUGGACUCAGUGGAGAAUAAAGACGUCUCUUGUGAUAAGGCUUAUCUGAUUCGACAGCUUGUGGCAGAAAACUGACAUGUUCAUUGAUGUUGCUCAUCUGGAAUUCAGAUCCUGUUCGCUUUGAGUCAGGAGAAGUGAAGCUGGAAACUCAGCGAUCAUUUAAAGCUCCAUGGCCAUCGUCGCCCCCAGCCCUCUUCCCCUGAGAGGUAACCUUCAAAGGCUCUGCUCAACGUCAUGGAUGACCAGCUGAGUGAUGGAGACGGACAGAAUCAAAGGGCGAGCUCCCUUCAUUGUGACCAGAUGAAGGGACACGUACCUUCAUAGAUCAGUGAAGGGACACCACACUGCAGCAUUUGGUUUUCUGUCAUUGUGAUCUUUAAUGCACCUGAAAGAAAUCACAAUAAUUCUCUGGAAAUCGUUUUGAAAAGCAGAAAACACUGAAUUCACAGCAAAGAGCUCUAAAAGUUUCCACCUGUGAUGCUUGUUAUGAGUUGUCCAUCCACAACUAAUGACGCAGAGAGCUGCAGCAGCGAGGGGAGCAGCUGCACCACAUCCUCCAUCACCACCUCCGACCCGUCCUCUAUGUCCGGACACACCCACGAUGACGCCCCUGAUGCCUCCAAGCACCAAGCUCCACCGCCACCUCCCCUGCCGCCCCCACCCCCCGGGGCUCCCCCUCCCCCUCCACCCCCCAGUUCAUCUUUACCCCCCAACCACAACAUGAGGAAGAAGCGGCGGGUGCGAAGUUUUUUCUGGAAGCCGAUCCCGGAGGAGAAAGUACGUGGAAAGCCCAACAUCUGGACUUUAGCAGUGCGGCAGCAGCAGUACCAGAUCGACGUGCGUUCCGUGGAGGAGCUGUUUGGUCAACAGGACGAGCUGACGGGAACACGAGGAGCAGCACCGACAACCGGGACGGCGGCUCGGAUCUCCAGGUCCCGGUCCUUCAAGGAGAGCAGCAAAGAUGAGAUCGGCAUCCUUGAUUCCAAAAGAGGGAUGAACGUGGGUAUUUUCCUCAAGCAAUUCAAAAAGUCCAAUCACUCCAUUGUGGAAGACAUCCGCCAAGGCGAGGGUAAAAUAUACGGUGCAGAGCUGCUCAAAGACCUGCUGAAACUCCUGCCUGAUGCAGAGGAGAUUAAGAAGCUGCAGGCGUUUAAAGGAGAUCCAGACAAGCUGACACUCGUAGAUUCUUUCAUGUACCUUUUAAUCCAGGUGCCUCGGUUCGAGGUUCGGAUCGAGGCCAUGGUGCUCCGUGAAGAGUUCUUCCCUUCCUGUGCUGUGAUGAGCCACGAGAUCAAUGUCGUCCGAGUCGCCACUAAAGAGUUAAUGAGCUGUGAGGAGCUUCAUGCCAUUCUACACCUGGUUCUGCAGGCUGGAAACAUCAUGAACGCUGGUGGAUACGCAGGUAAUGCCGUGGGCUUCAAGCUGUCGUCUCUCCUCUCAUUGGCUGACACCAAAGCAAACAAACCAGGGAUGAACCUGCUGCACUUUGUUGCCAUGGAGGCAAAGAAAAAAGACGAGAAGCUGCUCAAGUUUCCAGAGAAACUGCAGGAUGUCCAGAGUGCAGCUAGGAUCUCAGUGGAGAACAUCGAAGUGGAGUUUUCCUCCUUGUAUGUUCGGAUCAAAACUCUGGAGGAAAAGGUUCAAGGAGACCAGGAGCUACAGCAGCAACUGGAGCCAUUUCUGCAGAGUUCAGCACGGACGCUUCAGGAUCUGAAGAGACGCAGGUUGGAUCUGCGGAAAGAGGGAAACAGUCUCAUCGAUUUCUUUUGUGAAGACAAGGACACCUUCAAACUGGACGAGUGCUUCCGCAUCUUUCAAGACUUUUGUAUCAAGUUCAAGAAAGCUGUUAAGGACAACAUGGACCGUGAGAUGAAGGAGGCAGCCCGACAGCGUCGUUUGAGAGAGCUUGAGGAGAAACGUUGUGCGUGGUCUGCCGCAGAUCAGAGCGGAGGAUUCGGCCGUAGCAGCAGCGAGAAUGAUGUGGACAUGCUCACCAAAGAGGGCCUCCUGGACUUCUUCCAGCAGAGGUCUCAGAGUCCACACAGCCCGCUUGGACGUUCUGCCAGCGCCCGUCGCCACCGCCACACCAUGACUAGCAUUGCAGACCGUGAACUCCAAGGAUACCUGGAGCUGUUCGGAGGAGGCAACGGGAAUCCCACUGACUACUCCAAGUUUAACAGCCUACCUCGGUCAGGCCGAGCCCCUCAGCGCAAGACAACCCACUGGAUCUUAGCCCAGAAUGACAACCGCGAGCUAGGAUGUGACAGACAAGUAACAUCUCCACAUACAGAAACUGAACCCAUCAGCCCACUUGCCAGGUUUUCUUCUUCUGGGUUGAAUGAUAAUGAGGAUCCAUACGAUAAUAACAAUAAAUACUCAUCUGUGUCAGAGGGCAGCACUCUGCCUCGAUCCUUUUGUGUCUUUCAGAAGACAGCCCAUCUUUCCAAAGCAACAAUUACCGGCCAUAUGAAUGUUAGUCUGGAGAAACAUACUUUAGUUCGUGGACCUCAAGCUUUUGAGCUGCCUAGUCCAAACAAUAACAAUAAUCAUAUGCACUUUGAGGAUAUGGAGGAUUUGGAAAAGGAGAGACAGUCACCUUCCAUGAAUCUGGACAACUGUUCAGCUGAUCAAGUUUUACAAAAAGUGGGAGAUUCAAAGGCCAGCAGGGAAGGGAAAACAGAUCCUCCUACACAGGCUGGAGCCUCUUGUGAAAGAGAAAAAGAAGAAGAAGACAACAGCACAGUUUCAUCAACCACCUGCGACACUCCGCUCCCUCUAGAUACCUCUGUAUCCAACAAAAAGCCAGUGUUUUAUAUCAUAGACUGCACAGAAACAGACUGCUCAGUUACUUUGGACUACUCUGAGGCUGAAAGCUCAUCUUUAAUCAAAGAAGGACUUCAUUUCAGAAGCUCUGACAGCAGCAAAGAUCAAGAGAGCCAACAAGACCCAAGCUCUCUGUCCUCCAAUUUGGAAUCUGCAUCUCCCAAUGACCAAUCUGUUUCAACCAAUGAACUCUCAGCGCCCAAAUCUGUGGACGCAGCGUCCAUGACUCCGUCUAUAACAGCAGAUGAAUGGGACACAGAGAGCUGCGACACCGCUGAGGGAAAGCAAGCUGCAGAGAAAAACACACCGAGAACCAGCAGGAAAACAGCGCCAGCAAAGAGUAAAAUGAUCAGAGGAAGCAAGGGCAGUGGAGGUCGUGGAGUACGAACACUGACCAGCAGCGAAAACCAGGGGAUGCGGAAAGUUGUACCAAUUACCAAGUUGACAAGGACGGGCAGCAACAAGAGAACUGAGAGACCUGACAGUGCAGAGCCUCGCCGGCCUCUUCGGGACCAGAGCACCCCAGCAAGAGGAAGAAGCGAGAAGGCAACUAGACCCCCACGACACUCCAGCAUGCCUCCUGAUGAGUCCAAAGCUCAGAGGGGAAGUGGCCUCACAGGUUCAAGAUGGGCACGGGAUUCUAUUCCAAGGAAGGCCUCAACCCACAAGCCGAGCGCCAAACCCCUGAGGAACAUCCCCAAACCUGCACCUGAGGAGAAGAUGUGCCGAUCCACCAUGAGGGCCCAGGCUCAGGCCCUGGCUCAGGCCCAGGGCGGGGCCUCUUCUGAGAACAGCAGCAGCUCUCAUGCGCUCAAGAACAUUGACGUCCCCAGCUUCGCUCGAAACACUGUAGCAUCAUCUUCCCGGACCAAAAAGGAUCUGGGUCCACCAUCUGUGCCCUCUACCCCUUCUCGCAGCCCCUCACUUGUGGCUCGACAACCAUCCUUGAAGCAGAACAGGUUAUCUCCUAUAGGUCACAGCACAGAGGAGCAGCCUCAGGGGACCAGCCUGCGACGGGUGCAAACUGUGAAGGCGUCCAGUCGAAGCGCCUACCGCAGUGAGACUCCACCUCCCCCUACAGCACGAGAAGAUAAUCGCAAGGCCAGUUGUUUUUCUGAAAAGUCAGGCCUGUCAAGAGACCUGUUAACAACCAGCAGAAACACAAAACCAAGCUGGAAGUGAAACAGCGGAAACUGACCAGAGAAAUAUGAGUGCAGACUUUUCUCGAAUCAUGCAAAGACAGGAAUCUGCAAAACAUUCAGUCUGUCUCACCUCGUAAGGUACCUCUAGUAGCUGACUUUGUAUCAGGUUUAUGAAUUGCAAAGAGCAAGAUGCAAUGAACUCCUUCAUGUGUUUUUGUUUUGUCGUUGCAAGAAAGAAAUCAUUAUUUCCUAAAGUCCUUUUUUUUUCAGAAGGAGGGGUGGAGCCUGGUGGAUUGUUAAUAAUUUAAAGGGUUAGUUCUGAUUUUUGAGUCUGGGUUGUCUGAACUUCUCAUCCAUAGCUGGUGCAUGACCUGCAUUAGACCUGAUCCAUUUUAAAGAGGCAGACAGGAGUAUUGGCAUGGAAGCUAAGGAAAAACACCUAGAAAGGCUCAUGUAGAACAAAUCUGUAUCAUUCUAAACAUACACAGCGAUUUACGAGAGAACUGAAGCUUAGUUCAAGGCCACCACACAAAACAGUCAUUGUACCUCGCAGAACAUUGGAAUUGCUGUUUUAUCGCUGCCUCAGCUGCUUUGUUUAUGACUGAUUUAGCAAUAAUGAUCAAAAUAAUUAUUGCAAUAUGAAUUCCCUCAUUCCUAGGGUUUUUGUUUGUUUGGACUUAAAGUGACAUGUUAAAAACCAAAGUUACUCAAUAAUACAAUCAAAGUGAUCCAGACAGCAGUGUCCUGUGAGGUCUAAUUGCCGUUUUGUCAAAAGAGCUGUGUUUUUAGUGUUUUUUAAAACUGCUUUCCUCGCUGUCUAACAACGUAAAGAGGUGAAUAUUGUGCAAAUGUAAGUGUAUCGUUAGAUUGAUAGGUUUUUUUUAUAUGGGCUAUUUGU